AUGAACUCCACUAAAAUUCCGGAAGUGAAAUCAGGUGCUCCGGAAAAUCAAAAUGCAUAUUGUGAUGAAAAUGCAGAAGUUAUAAAUCAAUCCAAUGGAACUUAUACACCAAUUACAGAUUGCAUUUUGAGCAUUGCAGGGUGUAUAAAUAUCCUUCUUAUUGGAAAAGCUGGAAGUGGAAAAAGCACAGUAGGGAAUAUAAUUUCUGGAGGAGUAAACUUUAAAGUAGCUCCAACUGCACAACUGGUUACAACAAAAUGUCAGGAAGCAAAGGUUAGCAUUAAGAAUGUUCUGAUUAACAUAGUCGACACUCCGGGAUUGUUUAAUCUAGAAAUAAACAAUUGUAAGGUCCAAGAAAUGAUUACAGAAUAUCUGAAAACGAAUAGGCACUUAUUCCCUCUGAUUUUAGUCCUUUGUAUUCAAGAUGGAGUUCGAUUUACGAAAGAAGACGAAUCAGUUCUAGAUAGGAUAAAAGGAAACUUUGGUACUCAUGUGCUACAAAAUGUGAUUGUUGUAUUUACUGGCAAGAUGCCUACAAUAGAUAUGCCAGAAAUGCUCAAACAAUUUCUUAAAGAAAUAAAUAACAUAACUUUUCAUUUCCCAACUGAUUCUAGAGCUCCUGAAAGAGACCAAGAACGGGAAUCGUUCGUAGGAACAUGUCAGAAGUUACUUAAUAAACCAAAAAAUCUCAACUACAACCUGUCCGAUUAUGAAGCAGCACAACGCCAUAUUGAAGAAAGAGAUGUCCGCAAAUUUCAAAGAUUACAAUCUAUUCAGAAUAAUCCAAAGUUGUCUUCAGUAGGAUAUAAAAAAAGAAAAAGUAAAUGUAGAUUGAUUCAUAAAUCUCGCAAAACUUAA